CUGGCGGCGCACGCAGUCUCGCGGGAUCGCCCAGCUCUCGCUCCCCCCGAGGCCCCGGAGGCGGUGGAGGCCCGGACGCUGCCCCCCACCCCACCGUAUCCCACCCCAGCGCACCCCUCCCCGGCCGGGCGAGCCAGCGGACGCGGACGGAGAGCCGCCCGAGGUGAGGCGACCCGGCCGACCCGACGGGGCGGGCGCCGCAGGUUCGUCUGACUCCGGGGUCCCCGCAGGCCCCGGGACUCCGCGGCUCGGCUGCAGGCCGGGAACAGGUGCCCAGGCGCGGGGCACCGGGAGUUCAGGGGAGCCUCCCAUCCACACCGGUGCCAGGAGCUGCGGAUGGAAGCGGCUGACCCAGGACUCAUUUUUUCAGGAAACAGUUUCCCGCAAAAGGGUGAAAAUAAUGGAAUGAGGCGUUUUAACGUUUUUUCAUCUCUGAAUGAGAAUCUUCUGAUGAUGACAGGGGUUUGAGGUUAACCCUAGCCAUGCGGUAAAAUCGGAAGUCUGAAGAAAAUGGAAAUGGCCCCAUUUCUGUUGCUGGGCCUUUUCCUACCCUUGGUAAGAGGACACAGCCUCUUCACCUGCGAGCCCAUCACGGUCCCCAGAUGUAUGAAAAUGGCUUACAACAUGACCUUCUUCCCCAACCUGAUGGGUCACUACGACCAGGGGGCUGCUGCUGUGGAGAUGGAGCACUUUCUGCCUGUUGCCAACCUGGAAUGCUCACCCAAUGUUGAACUAUUCCUUUGCCAAGCUUUCGUACCAACGUGCACAGAGCAAAUCCACGUGGUUCCACCAUGCCGUAAACUAUGUGAAAAGGUGUAUUCUGAUUGCAAAAGCUUAAUUGACACUUUUGGGAUCCGGUGGCCGGAAGAACUUGAAUGUAACAGGCUGCCACCCUGUGAUGACGCUGCUCCCGUGACUCCCCAUCCGCACACAGAGCUCGCUGGUCCUCAGAGGAAAACAGAGCAAGUCCCGAGAGACAUUGGCUUCUGGUGUCCAAAGCAUCUUAAGGCUUCGGGAGAACAAGGCUAUAAGUUCCUGGGGAUUGACCAGUGUGCCCCUCCCUGCCCCAACAUGUAUUUUAAAAGUGACGAGCUGGACUUCGCCAAGAGCUUCAUAGGAAUCGUCUCGAUCUUCUGUCUUUGUGCGACUCUGUUCACAUUUCUCACGUUUCUAAUUGACGUCCGGCGGUUCCGAUACCCCGAGAGACCAAUCAUCUACUACUCCGUCUGUUACAGCAUCGUUUCUCUCAUGUACUUUGUGGGGUUUUUGCUGGGCAAUAGCACAGCCUGUAACAAGGCGGACGAGAAGCUGGAGCUCGGGGACACGGUUGUUCUGGGGUCGAAGAACAAGGCUUGCAGCGUGGUCUUUAUGUUUCUGUAUUUUUUCACAAUGGCCGGCACGGUGUGGUGGGUAAUUCUCACCAUUACUUGGUUCUUAGCCGCGGGGAGAAAGUGGAGCUGUGAGGCCAUCGAGCAGAAAGCAGUGUGGUUCCACGCGGUGGCCUGGGGCAUGCCUGGUUUUCUGACUGUCAUGUUGCUCGCUAUGAACAAAGUCGAGGGGGACAAUAUUAGCGGCGUUUGCUUCGUCGGCCUGUAUGAUCUGGAUGCUUCUCGGUACUUUGUCCUCUUGCCCCUGUGCCUCUGUGUGUUUGUGGGGCUGUCUCUCCUCCUAGCCGGCAUCAUUUCCUUGAAUCAUGUCCGACAAGUCAUACAGCAUGAUGGCCGAAACCAAGAAAAACUCAAGAAAUUCAUGAUUCGAAUUGGAGUCUUCAGUGGCCUGUAUCUCGUGCCCUUGGUGACUCUUCUUGGUUGCUACGUCUAUGAGCUCGUGAACAGGAUCACCUGGGAGAUAACUUGGUUCUCCGACCAUUGCCGCCAGUACCGCAUCCCGUGUCCUUAUCAGGCAAACCCGAAAGCCCGACCAGAACUGGCUCUGUUCAUGAUAAAGUAUCUGAUGACGCUCAUUGUUGGCAUCUCUGCCGUCUUCUGGGUCGGGAGCAAAAAGACCUGCACGGAGUGGGCUGGGUUCUUCAGACGGAACCGCAAGCGAGACCCCAUCAGCGAAAGCCGGCGAGUGCUGCAAGAGUCUUGUGAGUUCUUCCUGAAGCACAACUCUAAGGUGAAACACAAGAAGAAACACGGCAAACCAGGGACGCAUAAGCUGAAGGUCAUUUCCAAGUCCAUGGGAACCAGCACAGGAGGGACGGCAGACCACUGCACCUCUGCCAUGGCCAUCGCUGACCAUGACUACCUAGGACAGGAAACUUCCACAGAAAUCCAGACCUCCCCGGAAGCAUCCGUGAAAGAGGCAAGAGCAGACAGAGCAAACACGCCCAGAGCGAAGGAUCAGGACUGUGGAGAACCUGCUUCCCUGGCGGCAUCCAGCUCCAAGCUCCCUGUGGAACAGAAUGACAGGAAAGGCCGAGCCGGCAGUGUGAAGGAAAAAAGUGUUGUGUCGGAAGGGGCUCCGAGUGAAGGAAGGGUAAGCCCAAAGAACGAUGUCACUGAGACUGGCCCCGUGAAGUGCAACAGUUGGCAGGUCCCCAGUUCUUCAGAGGCGAGCAGCCUCAAAGGCUCCGCCUCUCUGCUCGUCCGCUCAGCCUCCGGAGUUAGAAAAGAGCAGGGUGCAGCUGCUCAUUCAGACACUUGAAGAAACAUUUUAUCCAAUGCAUUUGUCUCUUCUCUUUUACAAAACCACCGCAGGGGAGACUAAACAGAGUGGUAGAGCCCUCACUCGGAUACUUGAGGACCUGGGCUCAGCUCCCAGCACGGCAGAAAGAAAAUCAAGGUUACAUUCUUCUUUGCACUUAAACUAGCUUUGUCUACUGUCCAGUUGUUUGUUUGUUUGUUGUUUGAGA